GAGGAAGCUCUCCUCGCCCUCACCACAUCAUCGUCCGCUAGUCACCUUCCCACGGAAGUUAUCGUCACUCACGCUCGGCAUCUUGACAACUCUCCAUGUGUGACGCCAGGGGUCCGGCAGGUCCGUAGCGCCACUCGUGUGCUGGACGAAGAGGACCCUAGCGAGGGCGGACAUGUGCACUAUGGACACCAACCCAACCACCUCCGCCUUGGAAGGGGCUCUCGUCUCCAGACCUGACACCAGACGCAGCAACAAGCCGCUGAUGGAGAAGAAGCGACGUCAACGCAUCAACCGCUGCCUCAACGAGCUAAAGACCCUGGUGCUGGAGGCUCUCAGGAAAGAUCCCUCACGCUACAGCAAACUGGAGAAGGCGGACAUCUUGGAGAUGACGGUGAGACACGUUCAGGCCCUCCACCUUCACGAGGCUUCCAGCUGCAGGACGGUGGGCGGUGGGCGGGUGAUGAGCGGCGGGAAAUCAAUUGGCAGUGACGACAAGGCGAAAUACCGCGCUGGGUUUAUCCAGUGUGCUGUGGAGGUCACGCGGUACCUGACAAGCAUGGGCGGAGUGCCUAACGAUCUUCACAACAAGGUCAUCUCUCACCUCAACUCGGUCACUAGCAGCGUCACGGGCGGGCAGGGUGUGCAGCACAUGCCCGGAGUACCGAUGGGUGGUGCCAGCGUGAUGGUGGGCGGGGGUAUGGUAACUGUCGCCCCACCCUCCACAGCCCACACGCCCACUACACCUGCGCUCGUCAUCACAACUGCUGCAGACUCCAGCACAGGUGCUCUCACCCUGACGGACAGACCUGAGUGUACACCUGCUAAUGUGCCCCUCAGAACGACCCCGCCGCUCAUGUCACCAGAAGUGGCUGGCGUGGCGGUGCCCACCAAGUCGGUGACGGUGCGUGCGGGGGUCACCUUAGUGCCUGCUCGACUAGCCUCUGGCCAGGUGGCGCUCGUGCUCCCUCCUGGCACUGCUCUUCCUUUAGACUCUUCCCAAACAAAGCCACCCACUCCGUCCCACUCAGCUUAUAAUAUUUUAAGAAGUGAGCCUUCAAAGAUCACUGUUCCGUCCAUUUCGUUCAGUACUUCAUCUAAAACAAUCGGUGGCGCUGGUGAAAGAACAGCGCCUCCUUGUAAUACAUUCCUGAAAGGCACUGAAAAUGUGUCCUCAACUAGUCCCGGAAGCGAUUCCUUGUUUCCGGUUAAUAUAAAUACUUCAAAAAAUAUAGGUUACACCCUACCGAAAAGCUUUUCACAUUCAAUGGAUGUAGAAACUACUGUCUCUUCUACUCAGUUCUUGUCUUCCAAAAAUCUUCAAAAUAUUUCUGGCAAUAACGCAGAGAUGAGUGGGGUCGCCCUCUGUAGCGCGACGUCUUUAACUUCACCUCAGCCUUUGUCACCAAACGUGGACGGAUGCAGCUGGACACAAACCAGCAGUGCCACAACCCAAACUCUGACCAACACCUUACAAGAAGUCAGCUCAACCGCAUCUUCCUCUACCACACAAAUUCAAGCAUCACGUGACCAUUCCUCGGGAUCUAAUGGCUCGACCGUACGGCCAGUACUCCCUGGAGUGGUUGCCACCAGCUCUUCUGUGCGGUCCGCUCCCACCAACCUCCAGAUCUCUCUAAGUUUCUCCAACAGUAGCAGAGAAGUUACCAGCACACUCUCCAACCACGUUAUUCCAUCGUGGCCCAUUAUCAGCUCUUCCAUGCCCGUGAGACCCACUCCCACUGUGCCUCGAGGAGCCCACUCCACCUCCUACUGCCUCGGACAACCCAGUCCUACUGCCCCGGACAAUACACAGUCUUACCAUCACACAGCACAUCCACUCGUUCUCCCUGCCAACGAACCAUCUACAGUAUCUUCGCCUCCUUCCUCUCCUGCUCAAGAGCCUCUUAAUCUUGUGACAAAUGAGCAGUCGCGAAAUGCUGUGUACGGCCGUCGGUCAUUGAAAGCGGCCACUGUACCGUACUGGCGGAGAGCUGCACCGUACCGUGUCCCACCUCCGGGCCAUAGCUCAGAGCCCUGGCGACCCUGGUGACAGUUAGUGAUAUAUGUAUUCAGAGUCUCAUUGAGUUAUUAUAAGAUUAUAUUAUAUUAAACACC